UCUGAGCAUCAGCGGUGAACGGCCAUCUUUAAUGUGAACUCAUUCAUGAAAAGUUGUCCUGUUCAUUUCAAACUCGCCGACCGACGACCUCUGCGUGAACUCACCGAGCGGCUGCCGAGUGACGGCGGGGGGCGCGCGGGCAGGAAACGCAGAGCAGCACCGCAGCAGUCACACUGUCCGCGGAGAUAAAGUAAACAUCGAGAGAGAGACAGCAAUGAGAAAGAAGCAGACCGCUAAACCGAGGAAGGCUGAGGAGACUGCAGAGGUCCAAGAGUUUGUGGUGGACAAGAUAAUCCGGCGCAGAGUGUCAAACGGCAGAGUGGAGUACUUCCUGAAGUGGAAAGGCUUCACAGACGCAGAGAACACGUGGGAGCCUGAGGACAACCUGGACUGUCCUGAGCUCAUUGAGGAGUUCCUGAAAGACGCUCCUCUCUCAGAGGAGAAUGAGGAAGAGCUAAACGGGCCACGGUUCAUUCCCAAAGAAGAAAUGACGGAGCAAGAGACAGAAAUUUCCAGCGUGCAGAGCAGCAACAGCAGCAGCGUCCUCAGGUCAGAUGGUGAUCAGCCGGAUGGCCCGGUUAACCUCAGCACCUACCUCGAGCCUGAAUGCAUCAUCGGCUCCACAGACAGAAAGGGAGAGCUCAUGUUCUUAGUCAAAUGGAAGAACUCUGAUGACGUCGUCCUGCUGCCGGCCCGUGAAGCGAGCGCCAGGUGUCCCCAGGUGGUCAUUGACUUCUACGAGCAGAAGCUGAGUUGGCACGAUGGAGAUGAGGAGCAGUAAAAAAAAAAGCCCCACAAACAAUAACAAAGUGGGAUGUGAUGUGAA